GUACGCCUUGACUUGUUUUAUAGCACAGCGUUUCGCUUCUUAUAUUCCUCCUCUGACAGCUUUUGCAAAGUUUUGAUUUGAUAGGACAAGAACGGUGAGGGCAUUAGGACCAAGAGAAAGACGCACACAUUGCUCUGUAUUAUGUCUGGCAAAGUGCUUCCUGACUGAGUGCUGUAGUUAUGUGUGAAACAAAGUCAGGGACUGACUAGUUCUCUCAUCUGUUGAUCACAGUGAACUUGAAGCCUCGGAACGGGGGAGAGCUGUCUGAUCUGCUUUCAGAGAUAAGGCACAUCAGACCAGGCAGCAACGGGAGACUUUGAAGAAGCAGGAAAUACUCUGCAAGGAAGCUAUAAGAAAUGGAUUUUCUUUUUACUUAGAAUUUAGAAGGGAAAAAAAUCAAAACUUUAGCUACUCUUUUCAGCAACUAAACAUGCUCUCUCCUAACUAAGCUGGGACUGCAUAAUAACGGAUCUACUUCAUCUCGCUGGAUCCAUGCUGCCUUUUACUACAUAUGUUCUUGAGGAAGAAAUGCAGAUAUGGAUCACGUAAGCUGCAGUUUCUCUUGUUGCUGCUGAUGCUGGGCUUUUUGCUACUGAUGGUUACAACGCUGAAUCCGCCACCCAGCAGCCAGAGCAAGGACGGGACUUUCCAGCCGGUGGAGUUCAACCCCCGGGAGGGCUAUCAGGUGGACUUUGCGGAGCCCCAGGAGAUGCUGGACACCCAGGAGGAGAGCCAGCAGUACUACCCCUUGGACGGGCUGUCGCCUUUCAUCUCCCUGCGGGAGGACGAGUUGAUCGCGGCCGUCGUGUCGCCCGCCGGGCGCAGGAACCACAGCAAGGCCAGGAAGGGCUAUCGCGUGGUGAAGCAGCAGAGCAGGCGGCCGGAGGCGAAGGAGGGGGACCCGGAGUCGCAGCUCGUACCCCUUCCUCUGCAGGACGGGCAGGGGGCUGCUGGGGGGCAGCGGCCGCUCGGCCUGGAAACCCACGGCUUUAACGAAGCGCUCAGCGAGCGGCUGUCUCUGCGCAGGGAGCUGCCUGAGGUACGACACCCGUUGUGCCUGCAGCAAGAAUAUGACUCCAGGCUGCCUACUGCUAGUGUCAUCAUCUGUUUCCAUGAUGAAGCCUGGUCGACUCUGCUGAGAACGGUGCACAGCAUUAUGGACACAGCCCCAAAGGCCUCCCUCAAGGAUAUCAUCCUAGUAGAUGACCUGAGCCAGCAAGGGCCCCUGAAGUCAGCCCUGAGUGAAUACAUCUCAAAGCUGGAUGGUGUGAAACUGAUCCGGAGCAACAAGAGGCUUGGAGUCAUCCGAGGCCGGAUGCUGGGAGCUGCACGGGCGACUGGGGACGUGCUCGUCUUCAUGGAUUCGCACUGCGAGUGUCAGAAGGGCUGGCUGGAACCCCUCCUCGCCCGCCUGUCCAGCAAUCGAAACAGUGUCGUCUCCCCUGUCAUAGAUGUCAUAGACUGGAAGACUUUUCAGUACUAUCACUCUGUGGGCCUGCAUCGAGGUGUUUUUGAUUGGAAACUAGAUUUUCACUGGGAACCAGUGCCAGAGCGUGAAGAGAAGGUACGACAGUCUCCCAUCAGCCCUAUCAGGAGUCCUGUGGUAGCUGGUGCAGUAGUUGCCGUGGAUCGACAUCACUUCCAAAACACUGGAGCUUAUGAUUCUGACAUGACCAUGUGGGGAGCAGAAAAUCUGGAGCUAUCUAUAAGGACCUGGCUCUGUGGUGGCUCUGUAGAAAUCAUCCCAUGCUCCCGCGUUGGGCAUGUCUAUCGAAAUCACGUUCCCCGUGCUUUAUCCUAUGACGAGGCCAUUGUGAGGAACAAAAUCCGAAUAGCAGAGACCUGGCUGGGCUCUUUCAAAGAGAACUUCUACAAGCACGACACAGUGGCUUUCCUAAUCAGCAAGGCAGAGAAGCCAGACUGCAGUGAGCGUCUUCAGCUACAGAAGAGAUUGGGCUGUAGAAAUUUCCAGUGGUUUCUGUCAAACGUGUACCCUGAACUCUCCCAGACUGAAGACACACCAAGGUUCUCUGGCAAACUUUACAAUACUGGUGUUGGCUUCUGUGCAGAUUACAGACCUGGAAGGGCCACUGCAGUCGGCUCCAUCGAACUCUCUCCUUGCAGUGACAGCCCCACCCAGCAUUUUGAAUAUAACAGCAUGAAGGAAAUCCAGCUUGGGUCCGCUCCGCUGUUUUGCUUUGAUGUCAGACACGGGAAGGUUGUCCCUCACAACUGUAUGAAGGAGACAGACAACAGCCAGCAGCACUGGGAUGUCCAGGAGAAUGGAUUGAUCGUCCAUGUCCUUUCUGGCAAAUGCAUAGAGGCAGUGAAGAGUGACGAUGAAGAGGACUUGUUUCUGUGUGCAUGUAACAAGAAUGCAAACCAGCUGUGGCAAUUUGAACGUUCCCAUGGGCUACGUCAGAGAUGACUGACAAGUCUGUGGGGAAAUCAGGUCACCAAAAUUUAGCAUUACUUCUCUUUGGGAUUCAAGCUACAUUUCCCAGACAGAAAAGAAAGAUGUUUGUGUUUGCUGUAGCAUACAGGGAAGUUAGGAAGGUCUCUCCUUCAAAGCCUGGCUCAACUAGUUGCUGCCAGUUCCUGGUUUACUCAGCUCGAGCUAAAAUUUCCAUAUAUUCUGUGAAGCAAGGAAUAAAGAUACUGUGAGCAUCAAUAGAUUCUCAACUCUGCUGUUGCAGAAGACAGUUAAGUUUGCCCUUCAAAGGAAAUGUGGAAUAUUGGCUGCCAGACAACUUGUCUUUAGCAUACUCCGUGACUUCUGAGGACACAGGAAAAUGAAUGUUUGUAAAACUUUUCAAGCUGUAAGAGGAAGUCAGCCAAAUCAGGAUGAGAUUUUAACCUUGUUGUACAGUGCACUCAAUUCAUAUAAAACAAAGUAGGUCUUGUAUGCAUAAAAGUAGUAGAUGUUUUAAUAUGUAAUAGCUAAAAAAAAUAAUUUUCCAGCCUGAGCCAAAUUUCUACCCUCCAUGAGAUAGCAGAGGGCAUAAAUUAGCACUUAAUUAGGCACGAACUGCUCUCAUUGAUUUGGAAUACCAACAGUCUUCAGCAUUUGGCACACCCUUCCUUACAUCCUUUGUCUGGAGUCUAAUUUGGAUGGGAGAAAGAGACUGAAUUAUUAACAUUUUUUUUUAGUGUUCAUGCAAUGUAAGAACAACUCUUCAAGAAACUUCUGUGGAAUAUGAAAGAAGACUGAAUUCGAUGUGAGAGGAAAGUAACAGCUCCCCUGCUUAUUCUGAAAUGGAAAGAAUCAGUGGCAUCCAUUCGCUCUUAAAAAGCUGUGGGAUGAGCUCAUUAUUAUUCCAGUUACAAAAAUGCUGGCUGGGAAGAGCAAACGAAGGGAAACAACAGGUUUCAACAGCGGCUACAUAGGAAGAAAAUACUGGUGUCUGCUUCCACUUGCUUGCUGCCUACUACACUGAGUAAGUCUUUUACACUGUCAGUUUUAGCCAAGAAGAUUUUUAGACUCUUGCUGUCACGGGUCUCCUAGCCGAUCCUCCAAAGACAGUAACACGCAUAAUUUUCUAAACAAGCUGCUGUAGAGCCUGCAUCCCCUCUGACCUCCUCUCUUUUGCAGAUGUCAAUGGGAGUUCAUGUUAGGUAAUGAGAAUGGUCUCAGUGUGCACUAGCAAAGCAAACUUCUAUCAGUAUUUUGUUCAGGCACUUUCAAUUUUGGAGUUAAAAGAAACAAUGAGGACACUUUCCAAGAGCCUUGUUCGACAGAGGAACAAAGAUCUGGGAGUUCUCCCAUGUCAGCUCCACACCUGAUUUAUAAUAUAAGUCAAUCAUAGACACAAAUAUUUAUUAAAGGGGGAGGGUAUCAUUAAUGAAACCUGAUUUGCUAUCGAUAUUUCUUUCAAGACAGAAAAUAGCUUUUUUUUUGGAAAAUGUACAGCAUAAUGUGUGUGCUUCAGACAACGGAAAGAAUAACAGAAUACUCUGCCCAGAGUAUUCCAGUCACCGGCUCUUAGAAAAUCAUAAGAAGUUUGUUUCAAGCAUAUAGAAUUAGUUACAAUAGAAGACGUGAACAGCAUUCUGUGUUAUGUUGUCCAAAAAAACCCUCAGUCGGGUCCCUGUUUGGUUUGAGUGCUGCAGUUUCCAUGCCAUGUUCAGGCAUCACUCCAGGCACCCUAAUCACCACUCGCUCUUUCUUUGAUAGCAUCAGAAUCUAAUACCAUUUGCUGCUGUGCCAUUUAAAUUUUCCUGUGACGUUCUUGAAAACACUUCAAUUUUCAGCGGAAAGGAUGGAAACAACUUCUUCCAGAACAAGUGAUCACUGAUCAUUGCCCAAAUCUAGGGUGAGAAAAGAAAAUUUCUAAAAUUGCAGAAAAGCUGCAAUUGAAAUGUUUUAACAGAAUGUGAUUCCUUUUUAUUUUUUAAAUUAUAAGUAUGCCAGAUUUUUAAAUUAUGUAUUAUUUAUUCUAUUUUGGACUCUACACUGGGAAUAUCAUUCCGUCAGCAUUUUGUUAAUGUUUAAAAAUGUUUAUACAAAUACGAUAACUGAUCACAAGUGGGAUUUAUCACCAAAAAUGAAAAUAUUUUUGUUUAGAGAGGAAGAGUUUGGAAUAAAACUUCAGAGAUGUGGACAUCCUCCUCUUACACUGCUCUUUAGCAUAACGAUAAAAGCCUAGAAGAUUAGAGUUGCUGUAGAUAUAUGUACAAUAGAGUAAUAUGUUACACAAUACCUCUUCCAACAAUAAAAUGAAAAUACCUAGUUCAGUACAAUUUAAAGAAUAAUUGCUAUUAUACUUGUUGCAUGUAGUAAUUGUGUAAAUGUGUGUUUGGUUUCCAAGGGAACUAAUCUCCAGAGCACAGGACAGAAAGGAGCUACAGCAUGAUCCAGGGGGUCUUCAUAUGGGGACAGCAAGGGGGCAAGAACUGUGGGCCAUACUGUGCAGAGCACUUCCCUCUGAUAUAAACAUAACCUGUUGUGGUGCACACACACACAAAAUAAAACAUCCAUCUCCUGUU